AUGUGUUUAUAAUUGAUGAAUUUGAUUGAUUACUGUGAAAAGGAUUUGUUAUAUAAUGGAUGGGUCAGCAAAGACUAAGAAUUUGAUGAUAUCAAAAGAAGAUGAUGAUGAUAAGAAUGGGAAGAAGAUAAUAGAGAUAAAGGUUUUGUUCUUUGCUCGAGCGAGAGAUAUAGUUGGUAAGGCCGAUAUGAGGCUAGAGAUGCAACAGGGCAGCACGGCUAAGGAUUGCAUAAACAAGAUAAUCGGGGAAUUCCCAAGCUUGGAAGAUCUGAGAGGGUGCAUGGUUCUGGCUCUGAAUGAAGAAUAUGCUCAUGAAUCUGUGCUUGUUAAGGAUAGGGAUGAAUUGGCUUUCAUACCACCUAUAAGUGGAGGGUGAUUGAUUGACCAUUUCUUCUUUCACUCAUAUUUACUAUUUACUCAUGUAAAAGUAAAUAAAAAUAAGCCUUUUCUUCAAUUGGCAUGUUGUGCUCAAAUCCUGGAAUUGUAAAAUAGUUUUAAUUUGUUUGGGA